AUGGCGUGGAUGAUCCCCACCGAACUUUCCGACAUUGUAAUCACUAGAGCCUCUUUUCCCACUCCCUCAACAGAGGAUUGUUUCUACUGGCCGCAAGAAAGACAAUGGGUCCCAGAACGGUUGUUGAAGAAACUCAAACCUGGGGAGCGGAAGCAAUUACUGGGCGCAAAAGCCAUGGUACAGAAGGCCUCCUCCGGCCAGAGCAAAUGCCGAAAAUGUGGUGGCUCCAUUCCCAAGGGGGCACUCCGCGUGGGCUACCCCACCUCGGACCCUCGGGGGGCCUAUGAAGUGCUAUGCUGCUGGUUGCAUCUUAGCUGCAGCAGAGAACUAUUUUCCCUUAUUUUGAACGAACAAGCAGAAGGCGACGUGAUUGAACGAUUGAAAGAUGAUCUAGUUGUCUCUCUUUCCUGUCUGGAAGCCGCGCCUGCAGGGCCUGCAGAGCCAGCCAACACACCCAAGGCUGACACGAAAGUCGAAAACGCCCAGAAUCCCCCCCAAAGCGAAGCAACACCUCUGAAAAAAGAGAAGCCAGUACGGGUGGCGCGGGUCCAUGGGGACAAUACGGUUUUGGCGAAGGCGGAGGGAGGAGAUGAAGCUGACAGUAGCAGAGAGGCCCCCACCGUUGCAUCUACUACAGCCUGCAAAAGUAGCGGCCCCUCUUGCGCGUCUGCUUCUUCCACUCCAUGUGAAGACUCUAGCAAGUCUAGGGACCAGUCUAGUGAUGGUGGAUCGAGCUGCGCUUUGGAGGGCAAGAAGGGAGAUGAGGCGAAGAAGGGGGAAGAAGUGUUGUCUACGCGGGACCGUCUUUUGUUAGAGAGAGCCGGCUGCAUUGUUUCUCUUGACCGUUUAUGCUUGAUGACGGAGGGCCUCUCACAAGCGGAGAAAGAAGAAGUCCAGGGGACCCUCGCUGCAGCGGCCCUCCAGUUCUUUUUCCCGGAUGAGGUGCAGAAGGAGGCAGCCGCCACCACAGAAGCAGCCGAAGGAAUGUUAUCUGGGCUCACCAAGAGGGAAAUUAAAGGACGCGUAGCGUCGCCUGAAGGGCUACUGCUUCCACUUCUGCCUUUUCAAGAAGAAGGCCUUUGGUGGCUUACCCAACAGGAAGCUUCUCACAUCAAGGGAGGCAUAUUAGCUGAUGAAAUGGGAAUGGGGAAGACGAUCCAGAUUAUUUCCCUACUGCUGUCCCGCCCACUUCCAACAAUUCCAGAAUCCGCGCCCCCUUUGGUGAGAGCCUGCGUGUGUUCCACAUUGAUCGUAACUCCCCUAGCUGCAUUGUUGCAGUGGAAGAGUGAACUUGACAAAUUUGUGGCUCCGGGCCGUCUGUCGGUGCUCAUAUACCAUGGAUCCCAGAGGCGGGCCCUUCACUCGGCACUUCAUCAGUACGACGUCGUCUUGACAACGUAUCAGACUAUUGAACAGGACUUCCGCAAGCAAAUAAACAAACACAAACUCUCCUGCAAGUACUGCGGGCGGCUGUUCAUGCGAGACAAACUGUUUAUUCAUCAGAAGUAUUUCUGUGGGCCGGAUGCCCAGCGCACCGCCAAGCAAAGGCUGACUGAGCGUAAACUGGACGAAGGCACAAAACGGGCGAUGGUUUCGCUGAACAUCAUCAACGCAGAGGACAAGGAAAAUGUGGACGCAAGUACAGCAUCUGCCACAACAGGGAAGGGGCGGAGCAACAGGAAGAGGAAGGGGGCAGCAACACAAGAACGAACAGAGCCUGCAUCUUUCGUUCCCACUCCCUCCAACUGUUUAAAGGAGCUGCUUCUGCAGGCAAACAUCAACCCUGAGGAAGUCGGGCCCCUGCCGUGGCUGGGUCCGCACGCUUACAGAAAUUCGAAAGCUGCUGCCGAACCAGCUGGAUCGGCAGCGGGUAAGAGACGAAAGACUGCUUCGGAGGUUCGCAGCAGCAGGGCCAGCGGCGGGGAAAAGGACAGUUGCGACGGCAAAGGAACCGAAGGGGAUGGUGGACUGACCAUGACCGAAGUCACUCGUCUGAAAGUGGCAGAACUGAGAGAACUCAUCAAGGCCCUUGGUGGGACCGCAGGAACCCGGUCAACGAAGGCCCAGCUGCUUGAACAGCUGGAGCCCCUUCUUCAGCAGAGCUUGUCCAGAGAGGACACGUCGGAUGUCAAAGGAGAAAGCGAUUUGAACGGAACAAAAAAAGAGACAAGUAUCCAGCCAACUAGCUUGCGUGGGCAUCAUGAAUCGAUUGGUGGGGACCGGAGGGACUCUGAGCAGCAGCAGCAGCAGCAAGGGCCUGCCGCGAAGGCGACCAAAAGCAGCAAGCCAAAAUCUGGCAGAAAAGGAAGCUGCGUGGACACUCCACAGCAGGAGCCGUCUGAUGAAGACAAGGAAGAUGAGCAGCAUCCCACGCGCUUAUCAAGCAGUGAUAACGCCGGCAACGGCGAAACAGAGUCACCCGGCGAGCAGGCACAAGUCCAGCCAAAAACAGGAGAGCUACGACGGGCGAAUUCAUCCGUAAUGCAUGAACCAGAAGAGUCCAGUGGCGAUGAUCAGGCGCAUCAAGGCACAAAAGUUCCAGUGAGCAAUGGGGGAGGCCAUAGCAGCAGCAGGAAGAGCAAGCCACAUUUCAAGUACGUCAAACCAGUAAAGCCACAGCAACAACGGCGCGUAGCGGACUCGUCGGAGGAGGACAGGCAUCAUCCUGCAUCCAAAAAGAAGAAUCCCCCGAAAGCGAAUAAAAACAAGGCUACGGAGGUAAAGAAAAGAAGCAUGAACAGCGCCAAGACUGGCAGCAAGACCAUCCGCGAAGAUGGCUCCCGACCGAAGAAACCUCCAAAAAAAGCGUUGCGAAAACACCCUAGGAGCCGGCGACCAGCAGGCCGAAAGGAUGACAGCAGCGAAAGCGAUUGGGAGAGCAGCAGCACGGAAUAUGAGCCCUCGGCUUCUUCAUCAGAAGACGGUUCCUCAGAGUCAUUCGUUGCAACGUCUUCGGAUGAGGGGCUCACUGAUUCAGAUUCCGACGCAUCGUCCGUCAUUCCCAUCCUCUCCGCUGACAGCACGAGAGGACGUGACAGGACAGGCCGUAGUCCCAGCAGCAGUAGCAAGGAACGGCCGAAGAGGUCAGCUCUCACCCCUGUAGAUGAGCUGUUGUGGGGCAAGGCAUUGGGCGACACGGAAUCGGAAGACGGAGAGGAAGGUGGGCAUGUAAAAGAAAGACUGGAGGAGGAUCCCGAGCUUGUAGAGUCCCUUCGGCAGUCUCCUCUUCACGGGGUUGUCUGGCAGAGAAUCGUGUUGGACGAAGCUCACCGGAUCAAGUCGAGGAACAGCAGCACGGCUCAAGCCAUAUUUGCCCUGCGCAGCGCCACCAUCAAGGUUCCAGGAUGCCAGGAGCAGCUACAGCAACAGCGAGAACAGGUACUGCAAAAGCAGAUAGACGAGCAAGAUACAAAGGGUUCUUGUGAAGACAGUGCUGCGGCGCAGCAGGCUGUCACAGAAGGCGAAGACGAGGAAGUCAAAGCCAACCACACGAGUCGCAAGGUGGAAAAUGAGCGUCACAAGGUGGAUCAGUUCCAGCGGCAGAAUAUGCAACAGCAGCAGCGGUCUUGGAAGGAAAAACCAGAUGGGAGUGCGGAAAUCGAGGAGCAGGAAGACACUGCCAAAGCUGCCGGGUCUUCCAAACGUGUGGGAAAUACACGCCGCGAGAGUUGCAGUGGGGCCAAUAGCUGCUGCGGCAACGGCAACGAAACGGGGAGUGUGGCGCUAGCCUGUGGUGGUGAAGAGAAAGAACCGGACUACCGGAUUGUUGUGGGAGGCUGCAGGUGGUGUUUGACAGGUACACCGCUUCAAAACCGAAUUGGCGAGUUGUACAGUCUUAUAAAGACAUGCGGAGGACACUACGAAAAAGGAUGGGGGAUCUUGGUGUUAUCGGUUGACAGAGGAAGAGCCACUGGCACCAAUCAAGUUUUCAUGCUUGCUUUCUCGGGGGAUGCUGCUGUUGCUGCUGGCAGGUAUUGCGACAAGUGUUCCCAUACGCGGAUGACACACUAUUCAUUCUUCUGCCGCCGCGUUGUAAAGCCAAUAAAAGAGUUCGGUUACCAAGGGGAGGGGAUUGUGGCCCUUGAGACCUUGAAAAAGGAGGUGCUGGAUGUUUGUUUGCUCCGGCGCACAAAGGUAGAGAGGGCAGCUGACGUCAAGCUCCCUCCUCUUGUUGUGUCCAUUAGGAGAGACGCGUUGAGCCCACAGGAAAGAGACUUCUAUGAAUCACUUUUCAAGCAAACGGCCACGCAAUUCGACUCAUAUGUUAAAAGUGGCACAGUUCUCCACAACUUCGCGCACAUUUUUGACUUGUUGUCGCGGCUUCGCCAAGCUGUGGACCACCCCUAUCUUCUCAUUCACGGGUCUCUUCAGUCCAAAGAAGGUUGUGUGCCCUUACCCACUGACUCACGGAACGCACAGCAAACUGGUGUCUGCACCAUUUGCCAGGAAGAUAUGGAUGCCAUGGACAUGGCCCAGGCGAAAUGCGGUCAUGCAUUCCACCGCCUCUGCGUUCAAGAGUACAUUGAGUCUGCUCCAGUUGCAGCAGAAGCUGAUCAGCAGCCCGCCCGCCCAGCGGCACUAGGCUGCCCGGCUUGCUUUGUUCCCCUUACAAUAGACUUGUCGAAGCAAAGCGGAGGCGAUUCUUUGGAAGACAACCCAGAAGGAAGUACAUCCAAUGCCAAGGUGGGAAGGGGCAAGAAAAGAAAGCAGCAGCAUGACGAGCAAGGCGAGGGACUGUAUGGAAAUGAACAGGAUGCGGAUGAGGUGGACACCGUUGCCGAGGAACUGAACAUGGAGUCAGAGCAAGACCCACAAGUUAAGAGCAUCGUGUUUUCGCAGUUUUGUGCUAUGUUGGAUCUCAUUGAGUUCCGACUAAAGAGAGAAGGGAUACACUGCGCCCAACUUACAGGAUCGAUGACCGCCGUUGCGAGGAGCAACGUGCUGUAUGCAUUCAACAACGAUCCGAAUUUGCGGGUGAUCCUCAUAAGCUUAAAGGCUGGCGGUGAGGGGCUGAACCUGCAGGUUGCCAGUAGAAUAUAUCUUAUGGAUCCUUGGUGGAACCCUGCAGCUGAAAUGCAAGCCAUUCAGAGGGCACACAGAAUAGGUCAGACAAAGCCGGUAAAAGGCGUGAGAUUUAUAUGCAGUGACACAAUUGAGGAGAGGAUACUUCAGCUACAAGAAAAGAAACAAUUAGUGUUCGACGGCACCGUAGGGGCGUCGAAUCAAGCGAUGCACAAGCUGACGCAGGAGGACCUCCGUUUCCUCUUCCAGUCAUAG